GCGGCAGCACCGGCUGCAAUCUUGCAGGCUGACAAACCGUAACACGGUUCUCGAGAGCCUGCGGCUGCCGUCCCUUGCCUCCUCCUCGAGCUCGCGGAGCCCACCAGCCCGCCACCAUCCUCCCCACCACGUGCUGCCCUGUGCCCGCAGCCAUGUGCCGCACCCUUGCCGCCUUCCCCGCUACCUGUCUGGAGAGAGCCAAAGAGUUCAAGACACGUCUGGGGAUCUUUCUUCACAAAUCAGAGCUGGGCUCUGAUACUGGAAGUGUUGGCAAGUUUGAGUGGGGCACCAAACACAGCAAAGAGAGAAAUUUCUCAGAAGAUGUGCUGGGGUGGAAAGAGUCGUUUGACCUGCUGCUGAACAGUAAAAAUGGAGUGGCUACCUUUCAUGCUUUCCUGAAGACGGAGUUCAGCGAGGAGAACCUGGAGUUCUGGCUGGCCUGUGAGGAGUUCAAGAAGAUCCGAUCAGCUACCAAGCUGGCCUCCAGGGCUCAACAGAUCUUUGAGGAGUUCAUUUGCAGCGAAGCUCCCAAGGAGGUGAACAUAGACCAUGAGACGCGGGAGCUGACAAGGACCAACCUACAGGCUGCCACAGCCACGUGCUUUGAUGUGGCUCAGGGGAAGACGCGCACUCUGAUGGAGAAGGACUCCUAUCCACGCUUCCUGAAGUCAUCUGCUUACCGGGACCUGGCUGCCCAAGCCUCAGCUGCCUCUGUGUCUCUGUCUGGCAGCAGCCCAGCUGAGCCCUCACACACCUGAGCCUCUGUGGCAGUGAGGAAGCCAGCGGGAGGAGAGGUUGAGUCACCCGUCCCUAUGGCGGCUACCCCCAUGUUGGAGGCAGGUCUUGCAAAUCAAGUGCAAGAGGACAGUGAAGGAAAAUGGUAUCCUGGGAACCUAUGUGGAAAGCACUGAGCUCUCCUUCAGAUACUGUGGCACUCAAUUCCAUGCGCCUAAAAAGGUUCCUCACUCUCAGGAGCUGUGGAUAAGGGCUGAUGACAGGGUGUGUGGGGCUCUCCAGGGAAAAGAAUAGGGUUUAGGAAUUAGCUUGUGUCCUCACUGGGGAAGGAAAUAUUCUAAGUUGUCAUAGGAAAUGUGGAUAAAGGGGAACUUGAAUAGAGAGGGGGAAAGACACCCAGAUUAGCUGUUUUGCCUGUUGAUCACUUGUCACAUCCUGUUUUCCUGAUUCCCAGAUGGGGCACAGAAGGGGAUGAGGGUGUGGAACCUUCCCCGUGUGUCCCCUCCCCUUCCUCUGGGCUGCCCAGGAUCCCUUAUUCUGUACUUUACACCCCUGGGUCUAGCCUUGCAAUCUUGUCAAGGCUAGCAAGAUGAUGGGACUCUUGCCCCAGUGAGAUUUUUUUUGUAGCUCAAACACUGGCCUAUAAGUGGAGAGUCUUAAGAGAGGGCAUCUUGUUCAUGGGCGAUCAUUGCUCCUGGUGGUCUCCUGCAGGUGGCCCCAAUCCUGUGUUUGUAGCAGGGUCCACCUGUGAGCCGGAUUCCUAAGGGGUCUCUUGCUGGGAUGUGCCCUCUCUGAGCUCUGUGCUGCCCUUGAAGGUGGGGACAGCAGAGACACCUCCUUGGGGGCGGCUGGUCCAGCUCUCAUGCCUGACAGUGUGGAGUGAAGGAGAAAAAGAUGAUAGGAAAUGCGUCUCUCGGCAGCUCCUGCAAGUCCUAUUGAAAUCAAGCCAUCAUUUUUCGUGGGUAAAAGAGAUGCCCUAGGAUGGAAGGGGAGCCUCGUGGACAUGAGGUGCGCCCCUGGGAUGUUGGCAGAGAUGGGACAGGGACCCCAGUGGCCCUUGCCCAGAUACAGAACCUGGGAGUGAUGCUGGGGAGAGAAGCUGCUUGAAAGAGUGGAACUGGGGAGGGAUCAGGACUUGCCUGUCACCUCCAGGCAUCACCAAACAGAUCCCAUGCUGGGACCUCCUGUGGAAGAGCCUGGGUUGGGGAGUGAACUCUCCAGGGCAACCCCUUAUGGCCCAUGGUAAUCAACACUUUUCUCUGCACUAUGUGCCCCUCCAGGAGAAGAUUAUUUAAGUAUAUUGUAUUGUUUUGUGCUAAUUGUCACAACAUACUAUUUUUGUUAUUGUUGUUGGUGCUGUUGCUGUUAUUUAUUAUUGUAAUUUCAACUUGCCUCUACUGGAGAAUCUCAGCAGGAGUUGCAGCCUGGCUGUCUCCCUCUCUCCACCAGACUCUACCUCUGAGCGUGCUGGGACCCUCUUGGAGCCUGUCAGGAACUCCUACUGUUUAAAUAUUUAUUUAUUGUUGACACAUGGAGCUGGUUUCCUAGAUAUAAAGGAUGUAUGCAUUCACCCUUUUCCUGUUUCAGCAUGUUAUAUUCUUGUAAAAUAAAAAAAAAUUUCA